AGAGCGCCCCUGCCCCCCUCUGUCGGUUUCUCUGUCCGUAUAACGUAUACGGCCUCCACGUCGUGGAAGAAAUUAAGAACAACUGUCGGAAGCACAAACGCCAUAUAUUGGCUAGAGAAAAGCAGCAGCAGCAGCACAAGAAGAAGAAGACUUCUAGAGAGAAGGAAUUAUGGGAGGGUGCGCGACAAAGCCCAAGGCCAACGCCGGCGAGGUUCCGCCACCUGAACAGGAACCGGAACCGGAACCGGAAAAGUUUGCUCCCAGGGCGGCCGCUGACGUGAAUGAGGCCGUGGUUGUUCUUGACAAGGCAAAGGAGAUUGUUGUUGAAGACGACGCGGUUGACGAGCACGGCAAUAGGCGCAGAUCUUUGAGCAACUUGUUCAAGGAGAAUAAUGAAGCCAUGGAGUCAACCAAACUGGAUAAGCCAACGUUAGACCCAGUGAAACAAGAAGAACCAUCAGCUGAUCAAAAGUUUGCGGAGGUAUCUGAAGCACUGCCCCAUGUCAACCAUGAAUCUGGUAAAAUUGAAACUCCAGUUGAGCGGACUGUCAAAGAAGUUGAAGCCCCUGUUGAGACCAAUGAAGAGAAAGCAAUUGAGGCUGCAUCAACCGCUGGAACCUUAACUGAUCAUGAAGCAAUCAAGUCUACAGCACCAGCACUGGUAGAGAUGCAAAAGCACGAGGAGACGAAGACAUUAGUGGAAGAAAAAUCGGCUGUAGAGACUCAAAAACCUGAAACACCCAAGGAAGAGAAACUGGAUGUAUUGACCCACCAGACACCCGAGGAACAGAAGGCGGUAGUGGAAGCUACAAUGUUGAUCGAAAAUCCUCAAAUCCCUCAAGAGAAGACGACCAACGAAUAGAAAUGGAAUAAUUCUUCUGGUAGAAUACGUGAGAGUGUGGUAUAUGUAAGAGGGUAUAAGUGCUAGGCAUCAUUCUGUAUGUGUGUUCCUUGGCAGCUGGUGCUUGCAGAAGACAAAAGACGUGCGGAAGGGAUGAGGAAGAGGAAGAGGUUUACUGUUAUGAUCUAUGAGUAUGCAUAGAACAGGCUGUUGACUGUCGUCAUAUAUAUAUAUAUAUAUAUAUAUAUCCUCCUCCUCCUCCUCUUCUUCUCGUUGAGUUUAAUUAAUUCCAUGCCCCCUCGGCCCUUGUGUUUGUUUCUUUUUUUUCGACCUUCCAUUGUGAUUGUUUCAUUAAUAUUAAUGUAAUAAUUUGAUGAUCAUUAGCUUUUA